GCAAGAGAGAGAGAGAGAAACACGGACAGAGGGAAUCCGCACCUUUCCAAGAGUGAUUAUAGAAAGCUGUGCGUGUGUGCUCCUCCGCGGACUUGCGCGUAAAAACAAUCAAUGAAGGAGAGAAGAUCUAUUCAGAAACUGUCCCUUCAGCCCGGAAUGGAUCCGAGUCAGAGCCUCAAAUGUAAGAUCGUGGUCGUGGGGGACAGUCAGUGUGGGAAAACCGCUCUGCUCCACGUUUUUGCUAAGGACUGCUUCCCAGAGAAUUACGUGCCCACUGUGUUUGAGAAUUACACCGCAAGUUUUGAGAUUGACAAGCAGAGAAUAGAGCUCAGCCUGUGGGACACCUCAGGUUCCCCAUACUAUGACAACGUCAGACCACUCUCAUAUCCAGAUUCGGACGCCGUCAUCAUAUGUUUUGACAUCAGCAGGCCGGAGACCCUGGACAGUGUCCUAAAGAAGUGGAAAGGAGAGAUCCAGGAAUUCUGUCCCAACACAAAGAUGCUCCUCGUCGGAUGCAAGUCAGACCUUAGAACGGACCUCACGACUUUAGUGGAGCUGUCCAAUCACAGACAGACGCCGGUGUCCUACGAUCAGGGUUCAGCUAUGGCUAAGCAGAUCUCCGCACCUUAUAUCGAAUGCUCCGCAGUGCAGUCGGAGAACAGCGUGCGGGACAUUUUCCACGUUGCAACGUUGGCUUGUGUAAAUAAGAACAACAAGAACAUCAAGCGCAACAAAUCGGCACGUGCCACCAAACGCAUCUCACAUAUGCCUAGUCGACCAGAUCUUACUGCCGUUGCAACAGACCUACGCAAAGACAAAGCAAAGAGUUGCACGGUCAUGUAGUGCAAGGUGUUCGGGGGGAAAGAUUUAUUCUGGGAAACGGUGAGGGUGAACUGUGGAAGCAAGAAAGGUCUGGAAUUCCUUCCAUAGACAAAGCAAAAGUGGAGAGCGGGAGUGUUUACUCGAUGUCCUUGAAGGUCUCUCCAGUUUGAGGGUUCCAGCUUGUGGACGUAAACCCAUAGUACGGCCCCAACCACCUCUCCUAAACUUAUCCACUCAGCAGGAGGAUGUCACCACCCUCUCGGCCGAUCGGAGGCCUUCCUUCCUGCUCCUGGAUGUGAAACUGCUUCCUCUCUGGAGGGUUCCUUCUGGAAGCUUCUGCUGCAGGAAAGAAAGGAGGAAGUAGAAUCACAUAACCAUUGAGUCCAGUGUUUCCGCUGAGCUUUGGUUCACAGCUAUUUUUAAAAGAUGCACAUUUCAGUUGGUAUUAAUGGUCUUGCAACGAAACAGCGAAGGGGAAGAUGUCGACUUUCAUAAUGGCGAAAUUUGGAAAUUCAGAACUCUCGCUUCUUUCUUUUUGAGUCUGUACAGCUUACCGAGGAUAUGAAACGAGAGUGUAUCACUGUGGUUACGGAUCACUUCCUCCUCCGAUCCUUCUCGGUCUGUUUUUGUUUCUUCUGUAGACCAAGAGCACGAGUUUGUGUGUGUGUGCGUGGUUUUCGUUUUCUAAUGCUAAGCUCAGCUAAAACCGUCACCAUGGAUACGCCGCUGGUAUAUUUGAACUCGCACUGUUUUCUGUAUAACUCCUCAUAAUCACAUUACUGUUCAUUAGGAUUCAGAAAAAGAAAAACCAAAGAACUGGAAGGUUUUCAAGUCGGAUGAAUCGAUGUUUGACGUUCUGGAGUGCAUGAUGGAUGUGUGUUUGAGGGCUUUUGGUGGAUCAAUGAGAAUUUCUUUCACGGUUCCGUAAGAACAUGGUUCCACUUUAUAUGGAAGCGCAAAUAUGACAUUUGAGAAUUGACCCGAUCAUUUAGUUUUCAUUUGCAUUCGUUUUAUCCCUGAAGGGGCAUUCACAUUGACAGAGAUUUGCAGGGACAAAACAUCUGGAAGUCUUUAAUUUGCAAUGAGAGUUGGUGAUUUGAGGUCUCAUUAGCAAGAGGGUCUCUUGUUUACAAUUCAAUGCAGUUUUGAGUUCAACUUCAUGCAAAUCUGAAACAAAAAUAAUGGCGGGACUGCACAAAAGUCUGUUAGCAUGCUAAUUUAUUUAAGCAUUUCCUCUGAAAAUUACAAAAAUAUAAGACAAUGUUUAAAAUUUUUUAC